CUCAUCAAAGUGUGUCACCACACAAUGUUGUUGCCUGUGUGGAUGUAAACAAGGUGCCCUGGAAACGGCGUUUGUUAAGGAGGCGCUAGUGAAAAGGGCUGCGUCUGAACACGGCAGCUGCAACCUCAAAGCAACUGCGCCUGCAGCAAGCACUUUGGGCUUGCCAAGCAGGGGAGUGAUGGAUCGUGUUUACCCCUUCCCCAUGCAUUCCCGGUCUUGCUGUCAUCCCGGCCCUCCCAUUCCGUCGCAACACUGAGAACCUCGGGACCCGCUCUCUUUUUUUCGACCUGUUCUUCUAACUUCUUCGCGCCUGACGAUUUCCUUCUUCAUUUCUUCAAACACCCUCCUACAUUUCUGGCCUGGAAGCCGAUUGCUGUUUUAGUAAAACUCGUCCUACGAGAACACACCCGGCACCAUGACGUUGCAGGCUGCAUACAAGCAGUUUCUGGCUUCGCCGAACACAUCGACGCUCGCCGACGACGCGUCGCUGCACUACGUCACGACUACGUCGAGCUUCACCAGCGCGACCGAGAUUAUCAAACACCUGUCCGCUGUGCGCAACAAGAUCAAGAAGAAGAAGGAGGAUUCCCUCUUCGCCAUCGAGAACCAGCAGGCCCUCGCGGUGGAAGUCGAAACGACUCUUGAGUUCGUCCAGAGCGGGGGUCCCUACCUCCCCGGCUUGGAUGACAACUUCCUGGCCGACCGCAGCGUCCAUAUCGUUAUUACCCACAUCGUAAGCUUCAAUGGCGACGGCAAGAUCGCACAGAUCCGGCAGAGCUGGGACCAAGGCGCGCUUUUGAAGCAGGUCGAGGUUAUCGGCAGGUCCGGCACGAACUGGCCCAUUCGUGACAGCAAAGACCAAAUCAACCUCAUCGCGAAAUGCGCCCAGGGCCACAACGCUGCUGCACCCCCUGCCGAGUCGCUCCCUACUCGCUCUCGCGGCAGCUCGACCAACGCUAUGCGCGACCCGCAUGCGUCGCUGGACUUGUUCGCAUCGCGUGAGGGGCUGGAGAACGACAACCCUGCCGGCAUCAUCUCGCCCUAUGCAGGCCGGAGACCUCGCCAGCGCUCCUUCACCGAGAUCCUGGGCGACGAGCCCGUCGAGGAGCCCGGCUCCCCCAGCAACGGCCGCGAGCGCUCGCAAUCCCCUAGCAAGGUGGUCGCACCCAAGGUCGGCGCUGGGAAGAACUUCCAGCCGAUGCGCCUCUUCAAUACUGACGAGAACGACACUGACGGCGAUUCCCACGAGCCGACCCCGUCAGCUGGCCGUGUCCUGCGUCCGGACCCCAAGAAGUACCAACACUUUGACUUUGACGACGGCUCCGAGUCCCAAGACGUGCCCACGCCGAAGGCCGCCCCCGAGAGGAAGAGCAAGCACGGUAGCAACUGGUCAUUUGACGACUUUGUGACCCCACAGAAGCACGUUGCCUCUCGUGGCAUGCAUCGUGCCCGUGACGUCCGACACUGGGGUGCCGACAACGAGGUGCUUGAGAAUACCCCGGCUCCGAAUCCUCAAGUGAUCAAGCCUCGUCGUGACGCCGCGGCUCACUUCGAGCUGGUCGACGACGGCCCGGCGCGUGAUGACACCCGCAAUGCCAACCGGCUGCCCCGCGGCGCCAUGCACAGCGAGGGUGAGCACCUAUACGACAACCGUCUGCACCCUGAGGACGGCACCCUCCCCUCGCCUGGCCCGGCCCCACUCGGCAACAUCACCAAUCUCAAGGACCGGCACAAGGACUUUGAGCCCCACUUCAACAUGACGGACGAGUCACCGCACCACGAGGGUGCCAAAGAGCCCGUCAAGGUGUCGGAGGACCGCCAGAAGGCCGUUCGCAUGAUGGAGAGCAGCUGGUCGAACUACGAUGAAUCGCCCGUGUCACGCAAGGAGAACAACAACCCCAACACUCAGCGGGCGCCUACUGAGCGGGGGAUUGUGAUUGCUGGCAAUGGCAUGGGCGGUAGGAAGGGUACCGGGCAAGGCUGGCUUCACGGCGAAGACGACGAUGAGCCUGCGCCCACUACCAAAAAGGCUGGCCGCGGGCCCCCGACUAAGUCGGAUAACUUUUGGGAUUUUUAAACAAACCGCACCUCGUUCGCAUUCGCGCAGGCUCGACACCCUUACGACAAGGGUAUUUGGGGCAUUGCGCCAGAAUGGCCGUUGAUGACUGACGUUUUAUGUGCGGCUCAUGAUGAGAGAACCGCAUUUCAUACCCAACAAUGGCUGCCGGAUUUCUUUCCGAGAUCUUGUUCUGGGCGUUUCUCCGCCCCAGUUGGUGGAAUUGUUAGGCUGGCGGACAAUUCCUUGUUGGACUAUCAGGCUGUAUUUAUUAUUGAGACCUGUUUGAGUUUGCGGCGCUGUUGAGGAUCGCAUCUGGGAUUCCCGGGAUAUUUUCUCCUGUUCUCUUAUCUGUUUUGAUAGCAUACCAAUACACAGGCAGCACUACACCCGCGGCCUCGUUGCGUGUGACA